UGUAAUCAUUCGGCAAUGUCUCUAAUGAGAUGGGUCAAGUUUUUACUGUUGUUAUGCAUUAUAAACCUUGCUCAAUCCCAAAGAAGUCACUUUUUAAUCAAAGGAGAUCCUGAGAAUCACGAAUUGCAGCGGUUUAUUGAGGAUAACCGACUCAUCUAUCAUUUUUGCGUCUUAUAUGUUGAGCAUCAGCCACAAUUUAUUCUUGAAAAGAAGAUCCCAACUUCCACCUUUCAGUUAAGACCAUUUAAGGCCAUCGAACUUCCGGAUGAUGAUGAAUACAUUUUGGCGGCAAAAGAUCGUGCAGAGAAACUGCGCAAAGUACUGAACUUCAACGAUCCGAACAGUCGUGAUAUGUGGCAAUUGCUCAAUGAUGGUGAUCCAAAUACAGGCAGGAAUGCUGGAAUCGAUCUCAAUGUCUACCCAGUUUACAUGGCCAACAUCACUGGCAAGGGCGUUGUAGGCAUUAUCGUGGAUGAUGCCCUUGACACCACCCACGAGGACCUUUGUCCCAACAUCCAGCUGAAUCUCACUGCUGAUUUGGUAAACGUAACACGAAAAGAUGCCCGUGGAACAGACGAAAAGAUGAAGAAGAUUGAUGAUCACGGUACAGAAGUGGCUGGCCUUUUCGCCGCAGUAGCAAACAAUUCUAGGUGCGCCUUUGGUGUGGCCUACAAUGCCACUUUGGGGGGGGUUCGUUUAUUGGGAAACAAAGUUACGGAUUUCAUGGUCGGAGAGGCUCUGACACUCUUCGCAGACGUGGCCAACAUCUACAUCUCCUCCUGGGGUCCAACUGAUGACGGCAGGACAAUGCGCUCUCCUGGGACGUAUAUGAGCAUCGCACUGAGGUCAACUGGUACUAAGGGCAACCACGGACGCGGCUCGGUGUUCGUCUUUCCCGCAGGUAAUGGUGGUGCCGUAGGUGACAACUGUGGCGCUGAUGGUUUUGUCAAUCACCCCAGUGUGAUUGCUGUUAGUGCGUUGGGUGAAAAUGGUUUGCCACCGGUCUACAGCGAGGCUUGUUCCGCCAUUGCCGUUGCCGUGCCAGUUGGAGGCGCUCAGGACAGGCUGACUUUUAAGCAUCAACUCAACACCCGACAACGUUUCGUGCCUACCACGAAGAUCAACAACAUGUGCACCGGUCGUUUCGUCGGGACCUCCGCCUCGAACCCCAUAGCUGCGGGUGUAAUAGCUCUUGCCAUGGAGGCAAAUCCAAACCUCACCCCACGGGACGUGAAUGCACUGCUGGCUUUGAGUGGUCGGAUUCCUUCGCCCAGUGCCUUGGAUUUCGGUAUCAACGGUGGUGGAUUGUUGGUGAGUCACAUUUACGGAAGCGGUCUUUUAAACGCCGUCCGGAUGGUCAAGUUGGCAAGGCAUUGGAAACCCUUGGGACGACAGCAGUUUUGUGUUUCGCAUCAAGGAGAUUGGGGAAGGGGGAAAGGAGGGUUAGCAGAGCGUAGUUCUACUUCUAAAUUUAAGCGGACCCUCUUCACUGGUCGAAGUACAGAAUUCACUUUCUACUUUGAACCUGACACUUGUGGAGUGGAGGUGGUGGAAAUGGUCAGAGUGGCGAUGCGGUGGACGUCGGUGCAUCGUGGAUCCAUUGAAGUCUUCCUUGCCUCACCCAGUGGCCAAGUGGCCAAUCUACUGGUGGCACGAUCCCGCGAUCACUACAACGGACAUAGUCAGAUGGUGUGGAAGAGUCUGAUUCACACUGGCGAGGGCUGCUAUGGCAAGUGGAUUGUCACGGUCAGAGACACUGGUCGGCGGGUGAAACCAUCACGAUUGUCUAGGGGAAAACCUAGUGGAUCAGUGCAAUUCAUUGCUGUUGAAUUGCUUGGAACCAGUCGAAACGAAAGCGCCUUCGACCAGAAUAAAGAAGAAAUACUUAAGAACUGGCACCACAUCCAAAUGGUUGCUCAUGACAACGAUCGUGCAGUUAGAUUGGAUCGUCGACAAAUUGCAAAUCUCUACAACUGGAGUCGCUGGCGUGUGUUGAAUGAAGAUAUGAAUGACUGA